UGCAGCUUUCCUUCCACUGGUCUCUUCUGCCAGCUCUACAGUUCAGAGUGUCCUGUUUGGGGAGGGGUGUCUAAGUAACCUAUUUCCCUGGUGUUCACCUUCAGUGCUGGCUCAAGACUUUACUUUUCAGAAGUUUAUUGUGUUUCCUCCUCAAACAAGAAGAAAGAGAAAUUCUUUCUCAAGUGCAGUAGAAAACCUGCCAACUCCUCCUUCCCUCUAUGGACUUCAGCUGAGGACUGGAGUAAUAUCUAGUGGUAGUGCAGGUUUUUAGCCUUACAUCUUUCUCUAGGAUGUAAUGCUGGAUGUGUAUCUUCCAUCCAGGGUGUGGUGAGCUAGUCAAAAGAGGUGAUAGUGGUGACUAGUCACAUCCUUGUUCAGUGCAAUCUCAGAAAUAACAGACCCUGGGAAUGGGAGGCAUAUCUCCACUUCCACAGAAAUUCUCUUGACAUGUUAUAGGCAUUAACUGCAGCUAUGACUGUGGCUACACCACAGCUCAGUAGUAGAUCCAAGACCAGCAGCCAUCUGGUGGAAUGUGGUUGGGAAGAGGCCAGGAGUGGACGGAUGAGCACGGGAACCAUACAGUCUGCUAAAAUUAGUAUCCAGCAAGAUUUUUAAUGGUUAUUAUUUUUGGACUGGACCAUACUCACAGAAAUAUAGAGGGCUAGAAUAUAGGCUGUUACAACUCACAACUGAAAACAAAAGGUGAAAUCGUGUGAAGAUUUUAGGAAUAUCAUAAAAAGGAAAUUUGUGGAAUAUGAAUUAAUGAACUUACAAUAUGUGUUUCAGCAUUCUGUGUCUGGAAAAUAAAGGUGAAUAUCAGAGGUAGGGAGUUAAACUAAACAACUGAAGCAAAGCUUUUUUAAAGCCUCACAAGGAGGGCAUUGUGGCAGGCAAAGAGUAUUAUGACUGAGAGAGGUGGCUAACAACAUAGAUGAGAGAAAGAGAUCCUUAUCAAGUCUAACUUAAUGUUUUCUGUGAAAAUAGGUAUGUCCCAGUGUAUGGUUUCCAAUACUACAGAAGACAGAGGAGAACUUGUAAAGAGGGCAGGACAAAGAUGGAGCAUCUAAUUCCUCAUCCCUCUGUCUGAUGUUGUUUAAAUAUUCAUCAGCAGGUGUGGGAAGCCUGGGACUGCGUGGGCUCCUCACAGUGGUUUGACCACAUGCGAGUGGUACAGCACCUACUUACCCAGGUCACAAACCCUUCCCAUGGGACUGGAGCCACAGGAAGAGGUAUAAGGAAAAGAGUUGAGCAUUUCAGCCCACAGGAUAAAGCUAAUUACAUCUCUUGUUCUGAGAACCUCAGCCACAAGGGAUGAAGCCCAGGCCUGGGGAUGCUCCUGUUCACUCUCAGAGGCAGAGGUGGAGCCUUGGUUUUCCAGGUCCAAUUUCUUACAUUUGUCACCUGCGUGUCUUGUGGGUAUUAGACAACUAGGAUUUUGCAUUUGUACCAGUUCUGUGUCCUCAUGCAUUAUUGUCUACAGCUGGGUUGAAAAUUACUCUCUAAAGAGAGCACAGUUUCCCUUUAGCACCCUGCAUGAUAUUUCAGACUGAGGGUGCAGCACUGCCUUUACAUUAGCAGAACAGGGUCAGGAACAUGGAAAUCACCUGGAUAAGUAAGUUCGUGACCACAGGUCUUGUCAUUACACCUGGUUAAUGCCUGGAAUAUGGAUAUUUUCUUUUUUAAAUGGGAAUUUGGAGAUCAGGGAUGUGAUAAAUGCAGUGUUGGUCCUACACAUUUUCUGAUGUCUUAGAGAGGAUGGGCAGAUGGCCGGUGACUCCAGUGGGCCACUGUUUGGGAAAGGGUAUUUGCAGGGUAGGAACCACUUACAGGUGGCCAGUGCUUUGGGUUUGGUGCAGUCUUUGACAUGUGUGUAUACCAGUCAGCAGCAGCAGAGCACCAGUCUUUCACCGCAGAAGACGAACAAAAAUGUAUGUUACAUUAUCUGCCAUCAAAUUGCCAAUCCAAUUAGUGUGGUACAAUCAGGACAGGAGGCACAAACCCAUAAACUUCUCAAAUGUUUUUAUGCGAAAAGAAUUCAGGAUUCCUGCCUUGGUAAAAGCCCCUGCUUUGCCCUGCAUUAAAAUUUGGUUUAUUUUAUAAGAAACUAAAUAUUACAAUGGCCUUGAAGUUGUAUUUGUGGGUUUUGCAGUGGUUAGGUAGUUCUCAGAAGAGGAUACUGGAAAGUAAGAGACUUGCUGAUGUCAUUUUUAUUUCACCACUAGUACCCGAAAAAAAAAAAAGCUGAAAGAGAUGUUGGUGGCCCUAUAUAAGGUGCACCUCACCUCCUGUAGAGCACAUCAAGAAUCACAGCAAAGUGCUGAGUGCUGUAGCUGCAACCUUGCUGACACAGACGACUUUGGAUCGUGAGCCAUGGCCUCCCUACAGACCUUGACCAAAAGCUUCUCAGGAUGGGUUAUCUUCUGCUGCUGUUGCUGUCUCCCUCUUCUUCUCACCAGCCCUCUGCCUCCAAAUGGGAUAGGGGUGGCUUCUACCACCCAUCAUGCCUGCAGGCUCAGGAAGAUCAACUUCCAGCAGCCCUACAUCAGGAAUCGCACCUACACCUUGGCUAAAAUGGCCAGAGUCUCAGAUGAGGACACAGACAACAGGCUCAUUGGGCAGCAGCUCUAUGUUAACAUCAAGGAAAACAACCGCUGCUACAUGAUGAAGAGGAUUGUGGAGAUUGUAGUGGAAGAUGUCCUCCUUACCAAGGCCAAGGGCCAGUACCCAUACGCUGAGGAGGUGGCACAGUUCUUGGCAUCCCUGACCUCGGAGCUGAGCAGAUGUAAAUUCUUGGGACACAGAGAGCACAUUGAAAAGAACCUGGAAGAAAUGAAGAGCAAAAUGAAACAGUUGGGAGAGAAUGGAAAGACUAAAGCCAUUGGAGAACUGGAUUUACUGUUUGACUACAUAGAAAAUGCCUGUACUGAUGCUCCAAAGAAGGGAGGGAACAAGAAGAAAAACUGAAAGAAUUUCAGAUCAGGCUUCAAGAGAUGUCUCUGAAAAACUCUCACUGUAACUCGGAUUGAUUAAUUGUUAUGGACAAAAACCCCUCACCCACAGAAGCAGUAUAUUUUUCACUUGUGCUGAAAAUACCAAACUAAGUGAGCACAGAUGGGAUGUUUAUUGCUGCUGCCUUUGAAAAUGAAAACUCCAGGACAGUGUUUGCAGCUUCAUUUCAACACAGGGCAUUAGUUAUUUUCAAAGGCAUGGUCCUGUCCUCCUCAUCUCCAUAGGAAUAAGGCAACUGUUUCUCUAUUUUAUAUGCUGAGAUUUGACACCUAUGAAUGAGCUUUGGUUAAGGUAGGCAGUGAUAUGUAGCCAGGAUGUUUUGAGCCUUUUACUUGGAAAAUUCUCUUGCAUAUGUUGCCCCCUUCUGACCUUUACCUGAAAAGUUGAUAUUUCAGAAAUAAUUUUUGUUGAUCAUAUUUAAUGAUAACUUAUUUUAAGGUAAUUUUACAGUACUUUUAUUUAUGUAGAUUAAUUGAAAAAUAUCCAAGGAUAUGUAUUUAUGAAGUUG